AUGUCAGUCGAGAUCGAGCCUGUAGAGUUGGGUUUCCAUCGGCCAUUUACGCAAGAGGUGUCGCAAAUCUUGAAGAUUAAGAAUCCAAACCAUACUCCAGUUGCUUUCAAGGUCAAGACUACCGCGCCUAAGCAAUACUGCGUUCGCCCAAACUCCGGCACUGUCCAGCCAGGGCAGGAGGUUGAUGUCACUGUUCUUCUGCAGGCUAUGAAGCAGGAACCAGCCCCUGAUGCGAAGUGCAAGGACAAGUUUUUGGUUCAGUCGGUAGCAGUCACCGCGGAUAAAGAGUUCAGUGGGAACGUUUGGCAGCAUGUUGAUGACGCUGAGAGGUCCCAAGUCCAAGAGAAGAAAAUAAGGGUUGUGUAUUUAGCGGCUGAGGGCGCAACAGCAGCUGCUACACCUCUAAGGAACUCAAGCAAUGGAAUCCCGAACGCCGCCACACCAGACAUUGGAUCCGCCGCUUAUAGCAACGCUCGGUCUCCCUCACCUGAGACUUUCACCCCCGAGAACACAAGACGCUCCUUAGCACCCAAAGCCGCCGUCUCUAAAACAGAAUAUGAGCCCGUCAACCGUCGCCUCAGCGAUAUCAAAGCCCCAGUAGAUCAACCGGCCACCGAGUCUACUCCGACUGCCCCCGCCGCACCACUCUCUUACGACGAAUUGAAGACUAAGCUGGCAGAAGCGCAAGCAACCAUCUCGAGCUAUGCCCAAGAAGGUAGUCUGCGGAUGCGGAAGGUGGCAAAGGGCGAGACCUCGAAUGAGACGGUUAAUGAUAUGAUGCAGAGGGCCCCAACUUCGCAAGGCGUUCCAUUGCAAAUUGUUGCGGCGCUUUGUCUGGUCAGCUUCUUGCUUGCAUAUAUCUUCUUCUAA